AUGCCCAAUCACGUCGCUGCCCACUAUCACGACCGGGAAAGAUUGUGCAUGAAUGGUUUGGAAUCAGGAGCCUAUCUAUCUCUGGCGGGUGACAAUUAUCCAGUGAAGUGCCAAGACUUAUCUCACUUUCUACAGAAAGCCCCAGGUUCGACAGCAUUGGUUCACUUUCUACGACUCCAUCCACGAUUGGCGAUCAAUCGUUACCAGUUUCCGACCACUUUUGAAGAGCUCCAGUUUUUCAGCUCGGAUGAGAUCUAUGCGCGUGGUGUGCACUGGUACUUUACUCAACUGAACGAUUCGCAUGCGGCCAGUGCGAAUUUGAGCUCAGCGGAACGGGUGCUGUUUGAAAAGUCCGCCACCUAUUUCGCCUCGGCAAAAGCCCCAGCACGAAUUCACGCUCUAGUUCCUUCUGUCCAGCUAAUUGUUCUUCUCAGGGAUCCGGUUGAACGGGCCUAUUCGUGGUAUCAGCAUAUGCUGGCUCAUGGGGAUAUCGCACCCCAGCUCAUUUCUUUCAUGGAUCUGAUGCGAUUCGGAUCGAACAUCACCGCCCCGGAUCUGAUCCGGCGUUCCCAGUCGACCGAAUUGCACCGACUCGGUGUGAACCCAUCGAAUCGGACAAGUGUGCUCACGGUUGAUUCGCUCGUCCAGUUCCUUGUUGUUAUCGUGUGA